AUAGCUGUCUGAUCUCACUCUCUCCCCAUGUGACCCCAUUGAGAGAUCGAGUCCAUAUAUAAAUUAAUUUUAGUUUUUAGUUUUUUUCUAUUAUAAAAUUUAUCUUAUCUCAUUCAUACCUCUCUCUCUAUAUCUCUUACUUCUGUUUUGUAUAACUACUCUUUGUUAUACAUAGCCAUUUUAGUUACUCUUGUUCGUUUCUCAUUCCUCCUCUCUUCUCUCAUUCUUGAAAUACCAUAAAUAAAAAGUUUUUUUUUCGUGUGUGCCAUUAAAUCUCAUUAAUGGCACAACUCCCUCCAAAGAUCCCAACCAUGACGACUACGACGCCGCAUUGGCCUGACUUUUCCUCCCAAAAAUUACCUUCCAUCGCCGCAACAGCCGCCGCAACCGCGGGACAACAGAAUCCUUCGUGGAUGGACGAGUUUCUCGACUUCUCAACGACUCGUCGUGGGACACACCGUCGUUCAAUAAGCGACUCCAUCGCGUUCCUAGAAACUCCUUCCUCAGGCGUCGGAAGCCACCACUUCGACAGGUUCGACGAUGAGCAGUUCAUGUCCAUGUUCAACGACGACGUACACCAAAACCACAAUAACCAACACAGCAACAAUGUGGGUCCCACGCGUUCUUCUUCCAAUACCUCCACGCCGUCCAGCGACGAUGACAACAAAGAACCACUAUCGACCGAUCAUAAUCACAUGGACACCACACCUAUUCCCAGCAACGUCGCCGGUAACGAUAAUAACGAAACAGAUGAGGUUCAAAGCCAGUGCAAGACGGAGCCACAAGAUGGCCCGUCGUUAAAUCAAGACAGCGGUGGAAGCUCCGGUAAUCGGAUUCACGAUCCCAAAAGGGUAAAAAGAAUUUUAGCAAAUAGGCAAUCAGCACAGAGAUCAAGGGUGAGGAAACUGCAAUACAUAUCAGAGCUUGAACGGAGCGUUACUUCAUUGCAGACGGAAGUUUCAGUGUUAUCGCCACGAGUUGCGUUUUUGGAUCACCAGCGACUGCUUCUCAACGUUGACAAUAGCGCUAUCAAGCAACGUAUCGCCGCUUUAGCACAAGACAAAAUUUUCAAAGACGCUCACCAAGAAGCAUUGAAGAGAGAAAUAGAGAGACUUCGACAAGUGUAUCAUCAACAGAGCCUCAAGAAGAUGGAGAAUAAUGUCUCCGACCAAUCUCCAGCCGAUAUCAAACCGUCCGUUGAGAAAGAGCAGCUCCUCAAUGCCUAAAGCUGGUUCAUUAAGAUCUUAUAUCUUUAUGGUGAAAUAAUUCUUGACUCUCUUUGUGUCAAGAAGUUAUUUUAUCAAAGAAGAAUACAUUUUUAUUUAAUCCAAUCACAUUUUUUAAGUUGUGAUGAAUUUGCUUUGAUGUAUCUGAUUUUUUUUUCUUAUGGAUUGGGAGGGGGAAUUGGGAAUGAUAUGUAAAAAGAACUUAGCUGAUUUGUUGUUUAUUAAUUCAAUGUUUUGUCGAGUGUCUAA